CCACUAAACUCCAGACUCCUCCUCCAGUGUGACUGUACGUGCCCUGCGUCUCUGCGCUCCUCUCUUUCCCCUCAACACCAGACACAUCCAGACCACAGACAUGGCUCCAUAAGGGUGCACAUGGCGGCUAGCAGCCAUGAACCAAAAACUACAGAUGCAUCUCCGAUUUGAUUGAUUUUCGAUUGAUCAACUUCCACCUCCGCCGCAAUAUUCUUCAAUCCGGUUUUCAGCAUUCGGGAGAGGCUGCUUGCUUGCAACUCUCUCUCUGUCUCCAUUUCCUCCAGACAAUUUUACGUUCUUAUUCAACCCGAAAUAACCGUAGAUAUCAUAUUGUACAACAACAGUCAUGGGUGUCCAGGGUUUUCAGGAAUACAUUGAGAAGCAUUGCCCCAACGCCGUGGUGCCGGUGGAGCUCCAGAAGCUCGCCCGGGGGAGUCUGGUUGGCGGCGGCCGGCAGAGACCCCCUCAAAUUCCGCUCCGGCUGCUAGUGGACGCCGAGAACUGCCUGCACCGGCUCUACGGCGGCUUCUACACCGACUGGGUGAGCGGGGGCCAGUGGAACCACAUGCUCGGAUACCUCGCCGCCCUCGCCAAAGCCUGUUUCAACGGCAACAUCGAGCUGCUAGUGUGCUUCAAUGGCGCCCUGGAGAAAGGCCGUCUCCACGAGUGGGUCAAGCGACAGGUGAACGAGAGGCAGACCGCCCAGCAGAUCGUCAGCCACGUCCAGAACAAGGGUACCCCGCCGCCCAAGGUCUGGUUCCUGCCCCCGGUGUGUAUGGCCCACUGCAUCCGCCUGGCGCUCCUCAGGUUCCACAUCGGGGUUGUCCAGACCAUCGAGGAUCAUCACCAGGAAGUGAUUGCCUUAUUUAGGGAAAAUGGGUUCCAUGGCCUGGUUGCCUAUGAUUCUGAUUAUGCCCUGUGCAACAUCCCGUACUACUUCAGUGCCCAUGCUCUCAAACUCAGCCGCAAUGGCAAAAGCCUCACCACCAGCCAAUACCUGAUGCACGAAGUUGCCAAGCAACUUAAUCUCAAUCCAAAUCGUUUUGUCAUUUUUGCUUCACUUUUAGGGAAUCACAUACUGCCUGAUGAAGACUUGGCUGCCUUUCACUGGAGUUUACUUGGCCCUGAGCAUCCUUUAGCAUCCUUGAAGGUCCGUGCCCACCAACUUGUUCUUCCUCCAUGUGAUGUCGUCAUAAGAGCCGUGGCAGACUAUGUCCGCAACCUUCAAGAUAUCCAUGACCUGGAAGCUAUUGCAAAAGACAUAUUCAAGCACUCCCAGUCUCGAACUGAUGACAAAGUUGUCCGUUUCAAAAAAGCAGUGGAGUAUUAUGCCACCGCCAGCAAGCCCCUUCACUUCCCCCCCUAUUUAGUCAGACCAAAUCAGAUGGGAUUGCCAGCAGCACCGCAGAUGCUUAACAUUUCAGGCAAACCUGGGGUCCAGCAUGGCUAUUCCGGCCCUCCGUUGGCCGAGCCUGUCCAUGAGGCAGACCCGUCAGGUAAAGGGCUCCUAGAACAGAACAGCUACAGCAACAUUCCUAAUGAUGAGAAGCAGCACACGCCACUCUACGAGAGGUUGUCCCCCAUCAACCCGGCUCACGGCGGCAACUCCAACCACACAGACCCAGCCUUCUUCACCACCUCGUCCACAUCCUCGUCCUCUGAGAAUGAGGAAAACACGGGCUCCACUGCCUACCAUGUAAGUGACCAUAAGGGAUGGGACAAACAGAGAAACCAGAUGGAUAACAUCCCAGAAGGAGACCAUGGAGACCAAAAUAAAUCUGAUCCUUCUGUGACCUCCCCUGUAAACCAAGGCCUGGAGGGCAGAGGUCACGUAGGGGUCAAUGCCCAUAUUCCAUCCCUCCUUUCUAUGCCAACAAGAAAUCACAUGGAUAUUACCACUCCUCCUUUACCAGUGGUGGCACCAGAGGUGUUACGAGUCACUGAGCACAGACACAAAAAGGGCCUCAUGUACCCAUACAUUUACCAUGUUCUUACCAAGGGUGAGAUAAAGUUAUCUGUCACCAUAGAGGAUGAAGCAAAUAAAGACCUGCCCUCUGCAGUGCAGCUGUACCGGCCAAUCCGUCAAUAUGUUUACGGGGUGCUCUUCAGCCUGGCCGAGGCCAAAAAGAAGGCAGAGAGACUCGCCAUGAGGAGAAAUCACCUCCCUGAUUAUCCAACAGUGAUAAUAAAAGAAUGGGCUGCAUACAAAGGCAAAUCUCCACACACCCCUGAACUAGUUGAAGCUCUUCCCUUCCGGGAGUGGACCUGCCCAAACCUGAAGAAACUCUGGCUGGGCAAAGCAGUGGAGGACAAGAACCGGAGGAUGAGGGCUUUCUUGGCCUGCAUGAGGUCGGACACUCCAGCUAUGCUGAACCCUGCCAAUGUCCCCACACCUCUCAUGGUGCUGUGUUGCGUGCUACGGUUUAUGUUACAAUGGCCAGGAGUAAGAAUUUUGCGUCGUAACGAACUUGACGCUUUCCUAGCUCAAGCACUUUCUCCCAAACUUUAUGAGCCUGACCAGCUGCAGGACCUGAAGAUUGAUAACCUGGAUCCACGCGGAGUUCAGCUGGCUGCUCUUUUUAUGAGCGGCGUGGAUAUGGCGCUGUUUGCCAAUGACGUGUGCGGGCAGCCUAUUCCCUGGGAACACUGCUGUCCGUGGAUGUAUUUUGAUGGCAAGCUGCUACAGAGUAAACUUAUCCGGGCCAGCAGGGACAAGGCCCCACUCAUUGACCUCUGCGAUGGUCAGACUGAACUAGUUGCCAAGGUGGAGAAGAUGCGUCAGAGCAUCCUGGAGGGUCUGAACUUCUCUCGGCCACCCCAGCUGCUCGCAUUCCCCCCUCCACCUCCACAUGCGAUGCCUUUCUACCCUCCCAACAGCACCUUCUACCCUCCACCUCCUCUGCCCCCACUGCAGGGUAGAGGCAGGGGCAUGCCUGUAGGACUUCAAGCCAUCCCCUCACAGGGUGGUAAGCUUGAGAUUGCAGGCACAGUGGUGGGUCAAUGGGCUGGAAGUUGUCGUGGAAGAGGAAGAGCCUCGUUUCCCAUUGAGGUGGUGUCAGUUGGUGGACCAACCAGAGGUCGUCCAAGAGGUGUGAUUUCUACUCCUGUUAUAAGGACCUUUGGUCGAGGAACCAAAUACCACACUAGAGGGUUCAAGAGUCAGGGAACAUACCAGAGCAAUCCUGCAUAUACUGCCUCAACCAAUGAAGCGCUAAAAGACAGAAAGAAGCCGAAGUUGGAGACCAAAACACCACAUCUGCCCUUAGAAGGGUCCACAGCCGCAGAGAAUGGCUUGGUGGAGGGUAAAGAGGCAGACCAGCUCAAUGGGAACGAAGGGGAAAGCAGAGCUACAAACCAACCUGAAAGUGCCUUUAGCAACGAAUCUAAAAUGUGCAAUACUAAUCCGCAUUUAAAUGCACUAAAUGAAGACGGUGAGGGCCGCAGAGAUGAAGCUCUGGGCGCAGCUGUCUUAAAAACAGAAGAGUAAACCUAUUUUUAUAGAGAGGGUGAAGGUUGAUGGAAGGUUACGUGUUAAGGAAUAUCUGGAAGGAUGGAAGGCCUACAGUUGGUGUACAUUUUUUCCUCUCCGAAAGCGAUAAAUGAGGACUUACGAAUUUUUGAAAUCCCUCUUCGAUGUCAGUGAGUUAAAACCACAAAGUAAUGAUGAGGUAAAACGUAGAUAUACGAGUCAUACAGAGAAUCUUACCAGUUUAAUGAUGAAAGACGGUGUUCUCCCUCGUCAAUGAUAUUACGUGUUUCAAAACUGGUUACAUGAAAUUAUUUUACUUUCUCGAUGAAAUGCAGAAACCGAAAUACCGAUUUUCAUUUGCCAGUCUUUUAGUUUUAGUAAGUUGAGAUUCAAGUAUCAUAUAUACAGUAUAUUUGCCAUUGUAACUGGGUUUGUAUCGUCACAGUAAAUGCUUCUUUAUUUUUUGAAAACGUAAAACUCACAAUUUGAAAAAGACAAAACCAAGAACGCAUUUCUCAUCACUGUGAGUUUACUUGUUUCAAA